AUGGCGUUCUGGAGCGGUGGAAUCGACACAUACUAUGCAGCAUCCCACACUCUGAAUGUCUCGUUUCUGGAUCUGCUCACCACUCGCCCUCCCAUUCGCCCCAAAGCAAUCUCAUUCAAUCCCAGCCACCACACACGUGGGACAAUCGAUAAUUUCCUUGACGCCGAAGCUAGCUUCCUGGUUGCUGCUCAUACCGCAGAACCAUCUCUUGCCCUCGCAGAUUUCGAGACCGCGAUUAGUUCAGGAAUCGACGACUGGGUGACGCGCGUUCCAUUCCAGAGUACAGAUUCCGCAUGCGUCUCGAUUGAGGCGUGCGCCUCUGCGUACUCCUCGAGAGCGCUUACGGCUUAUAAAGGAAACCCGGAGAAUUUAUCUAUCAUGCUUCUCACCCUUUUUGAGCUCUGGGUAGCCAUGGAUAAGAUCGUUGUUGGACAAAUCCCACUCCUGGCAGAAUACUCCCCUGAAAUCCCAUUGACCCUUUGGGAGUGUCUUUUAAUCCGCAAAGCUUCUGGCCUUGAUCGUUUGAAGGAAUUGCACGCCUACCUGAAAGCUCGUCAUUGCCAGGCGUCUAGCUGUCUCUCUGCAUUCUCGUUUACCAACGAUAACAAGUCGUUCGCGGUGUGA